CCAGCGGGAUGCAGCGGGGCUGGAGGAGCCCGGGGAAGUUCACUGAAAUGCAGCGAGGGUUGGGCACGUGGCUCCCUCCGGCUCCUCUGAAAAGCUCACGGAAGUGCCGGACCGGAGCCGCCCCGGGGGCCAUCUCGUCUGGUGUCCUGGCUACACAGUCACAGCCCCCGCGGCUCCCGAGGGGGGCAGGGACCCUGCCGUGGGAUAAUCGCCCCCACAUUAGUCUCCAGGGCACUGGCUCAGAGCUGGAGGCAGACGCUGAACUAUCCCUGCCAGAGUGUUGUCAGCCGUCCCUCUGGGAAGAUUGGCGCAGCAAUGUUAAAGCACCUGUUAGGGCGGGAUAUCAGGUGUCUUCUUGCAGUGGCUGCAGCUUCAGGAAUAACUACCCUCAUCCUCAUCCUUGUUCAAGUGAAGGAUGCUUAUCUGCCUGCAAGAACCAAGUAUGGGAUGGUGUUUGACGCCGGCUCCUCGCACACGGCUCUCUACAUCUACCAGUGGCCAGCGGAUAAGGAGAACGGCACUGGCAUUGUCAGCCAGGCUGAAGCCUGCACCGUGCAAGCCCCAGGUGCCAGCAGCGUUGCCAGUCCCUGUCUCAGGGGCCCGGCUGAGCUCAGGUUCACACUGGGAUGCUUCGUUCCAGGACCUGGGAUCUCCAGUUAUGCUGACAACCCCACUCAGGCUGGAGCCAGCCUGAGGGCCUGUCUGGACAAGGCCAUGACGAUCAUCCCUGUGGAGCAACAGAGAGAAACGCCCACCUACCUCGGUGCUACUGCAGGCAUGCGGCUGCUGAGGGAGCAGAACAGCACAAAAGCCGACCUGGUCUUUGCAGAGGUCUCCAAGACCAUCCAGCAGUACCCUGUAGAUUUCCGUGGUGCUCGGAUCCUCACUGGGAAUGAGGAAGGAUCCUUUGGCUGGAUCACAAUCAACUACCUGCUGGAGACACUCAUCAAGUUCUCCUUCACAGGGACGUGGAUACACCCUGAGGCAGCUGCGGUUGUGGGAGCACUGGACCUUGGAGGAGCCUCGACUCAGAUAACCUUUCACCCUGGUCAUGCCAUUGAGGACAACAGCACCGAAGUCCUCUUCUGGCUGUACGGGAGCAGCUACUCGCUUUAUACUCACAGCUACCUCUGCUAUGGAGAAAACCAAGCCUUGAAGAAGUUGAUUGCGUCCCUCAGAGCGGAGAACCUCACCUCUCAGCAGAUCUCCCACCCGUGCUACCCUAAGGGAUACGAGGAGAACGUCACUGCCGCUGCCCUGUAUGACAGUCCCUGCGUCCUGGCACCAGUUGCACAUGACCCCAGCCAGAUCCUCACGGUGCGGGGGACAGGGGCCCCAGCGGAGUGCAGGAGUGCCAUCCAGAAACUCUUCAACUUCACAGCGUGUGGGGCCAACAGGACCUGCGGGUUCAACGGGGUCUACCAGCCGCCGGGGCAUGGGCAGUUCUUUGCCUUUUCCGGGUUUUAUUCCGUCUUCCACUUUCUGAACCUGACCAGCGGGCAGCCCCUGAGUGACGUUAGUGCCACCAUCGAGCAAUUCUGUGCUAAGGACUGGAAGGAGUUGAAAAUGGUGUGUCCUGGCAUGAACAAGACCCGCCUGCAGGAUUACUGCGCUGCCAGCACCUACAUUCUCACCCUCCUGCUGCAAGGCUACAAGUUUGACAACCAGACAUGGAGCAAAAUCCAGUUCCUCCGGCAGGUGGCUGCUGCGGAUGUGGGCUGGAGCCUGGGCUACAUGUUGAACCUCACCAACGCGAUCCCUUUGGAGGCUCCCGACCAAGUGAAGGGGCAGCGGCCUGACCUGUGGGCAGCGGCCGUGCUCACCACCUGCCUCAUGCUGGCCGUGAUCCUCUGGGCAGGCCUGGCUCUGUGCUAUCAGAGGCUCUUUGCCACCUAUGAGACUAUGCUGUAGCUGGCCGGUGCUCCUCGGGCUGGGGCCCUGCUGCCAUCAGGAGCCACACAUGGCUUUCCCCUGGACCACAUGUAGUCCCGUGUUUAGAGACAUUUGUGGCCUUGCAACCUAGUGUCCCCACUAGCUGCUGGAGGCAGGGUCUGGGAGAGAAGCCCCUCCCCAGGGAGGGUGGGAAUGUUGGGUUUGAAGGACAAGUGCCGCUUGUUGGCAAAUUGGUGACACUUUUCAGUAAAAUCUCAAGCCUGUGA